AUGUCAGCGUUUUUAUCAGAAAGAAGAUCUGCACCAAGUCACGAUCUCAGUCAUUGUCACCUUGUUAAACCAACUCACGAUCUCAGUCACUGUCACCUUGAUACACCAAGUCACGAUCUCAGUCACUGUCACCUUGAUACACCAAGUCACGAUCUCAGUCACUGUCACCUUGAUACACCAAGUCACGAUCUCAGUCACUGUCACCUUGCUACACCAAGUCACGAUCUCAGUCACUGUCACCUUGCUACACCAAGUCACAAUCUCAGCCACUGUCACCUUGAUACACCAAGUCACGAUCACAGCCACUGUCACCUUGAUACACCAAGUCACGAUCUCAGCCACUGUCACCUUGAUACACCAAGUCACGAUCUCAGUCACUGUCACCUUGAUACACCAAGUCACGAUCUCAGUCACUGUCAACUUGAUAAAAUAGAGAGAAGAUCUGCACCAAGUCACGAUUUCAGUCACUGCCACAUUGAUAAUACACGAUCUCAGUCACUGUCACCUUGA